AAUUCACAGUCAGUCUUGUGAAUCCCCCAUAACUAAAUUGAAUUUAAUCCAUGAACCGAGUGCGGUAUGCGCGCAUCAAAUUUCUCUUGAGUGGUUAGAAGUAAAAUUGCAAAACUUAAAAUGGCUUCUAUAUUAAAUGUAUCCUGCCCCGUAUGCAAAGAAGUUUUCAAAAAUUCUGAUACCAUAUAUUCAACAAGUUGCGGCCACAUUUUUCAUUUUACUUGUUUAAAUGAUUGGAAAAGUCGAUCAACAUUUUGUCCGCAAUGUCGUGGCUCUAAUCCCACUUCUCACAGACUAUUUUUGAACUUUGACGAAAAUAGGUGUCCAUCGUUGGAAAAUGAACUUCAUGCCACCAAGAAUAAAGUCUUGGAUUUAACUAAAAAUAUUGAAAAGAAGAACAUCAUGUAUCAGGAGCUUCGACGUAUAGAAGAAAAAAAUCGUAGAAUUUUUGAGAAAAGGAUACAAAAUCAAUCGGAGGUAAUUCAAAAAUUGGAAACGGAAAAUGUCACCAAAGAAAAUGCCAUAAAAGUAUUGUCGGAAGAAAAAAACGAACUUCAGGCCCAAUUGGAAAGCGUUUUAAAUCAAACAGAAAAUAAUGGCAGCAUAUUGGAGCAAAACGAAAGUUUGAAGGCUGAAAAUACCAGUCAAGAAAAUGCUACAAAACUAUUGUCGGAAGAAAAAGCUGAACAUCGGCCCGGCUUGGAAUCCACUGAAGAACAAGAAACUGAAAAUAUAACAAACAACAACGGCAACAUUUUGGAGAACAAAAUACAAGAUCUGUUGGAACUAAACAAACGUCUGAAGGCUAAAACUACUAGCCAAGAAAAUGCUUUAAAUGCAUUGUCUAAAGAAAACACUGACCUUCAGUCUCAGUUGGAAUCUCUUGCAAAUGGUUCAUCGCAAUGGUUCAUAUUGCAAGAAAAGAACAAAGUGCUGGAGCAGAAACUAAAACUCAUAUCUUUAGAACUGGAGAAGGAAAUAUCGAAAAAUAUCCAACUUACAAUGGAUAAAAUGAAAGCGCAAUGUAAUGCCGAAAGCAAGCAGCGGAGAGCAUCGACAGCGAAAAAGAGCAAAAACAAUAAGUCAAAGCCUAUAAAUCUUGAUCCAGCAAGAGCUUUGGUAAUUAAAAACUACACACCUACUGGCGGAGUUGUUUCCCUGGAAAAUGAAAUAAUUUUCAUUGCUGCCUCUAUGGACUUCUUCUUACAUAAAAACGAAAUAACCAAGAAUUUCUACAAAAAUAUGCAAUUGUUUGUUGAGUUCAAAUCGAUGGAGACAAAGUCUACGCUUAUGCGUAGACAAGAUAAAUUGAAAACAAAUGCCCUGACAAAAGAUCUUAUUCUAGAAGAAUAUACUUGUGACAUAAAAUCAUUAUUCAACUACGCCAAUACAAAAUUACGUGGCCGUGUCUUCGGUUAUAUUGUCCUUCAGGGCAAUUCUAUUGUGGCCAAAAGGAAUUUGCACGAUAUUGAUACAAUGGAAAUCACUAGCCGCACCCAAGUCGAUGAUUUGUUAAAGCGAAAGCAAACAGAAGAACCUAAAAUUGAAGUACCAAACUAAGCAAGCUUUUAUUUUAAAGAAGCCAAAGCAAACAGAUGAACCUGUAUUGGCUUGAUAACCAAGCUAUCAUAGAAAACAUGUUAUUUCUUUGUUUCUAAUAAAAAAGAAAAAAAUAAGCCCCCCAGGGCUUGACUCCAAA